GGCAGCCAAACUGUUGCAUUCAUCUACCUCUUCGAGCGAAAGCCUGUACUCAUCGAUUAACACAGCAUGGUUGAUUCCAAAGAUGUCUGCCCUGUCGUGGGCACCACGAAUACUGUCCUUCCACCUCAACAUCCUGACUUUGAUGCCAACCAGCCAGGGUUGGUCUGUCCUGUUACCAAAGCCUCCACUGACCACCACCACAAUCUCCAUAAGCACCCAGGCGUCUUCGAUAAUUCCUCCGAUCUCUCCAACGCGAGCCAAUGUCCAGCCCUGACCAAGAUCGUCAGCAGACCAGAGCAACAGGAAAUGGACGAAGCAAUCUGUCCUGUUGUUGGAACUGUUUCGAGCGUUCUUCCUCCAAACCACCCCUCUACCAGUCAAGCCAAGGAUGGCGACGUCUGCCCGGUCACCAACGCCACCCUUACUCAUCACAAGGGCAAAGUCCACACGCACCCUGAUGUUUCUAGUGCUGGGAAGGGUGCUGUAUGUCCAGUUGUUGGAGCCACCGCAUAAGUUAUCUCUCAAGUCAACAGGAACGGCAGGGUAAGGAGUUUGGGCAUAUUUGAGCAUAUCAUUGCCCUUGUCAUAUGAUUAUAC